AUGCUGUCAGAAGGUUACCUUUAUGGAAUUGCCUACCUUUGUGAAGACCUGAACCCUGAGCUCUACAGCAAGAGUUCAGCUGAGAAAGUGGUGUAUGAAAUGAGGUCCAUUAAUUAUUCUUCCACGGAUGAAGCACAAGGAAAAAGCCUCCUUCAGAGAUGCAGAUCUGCUGGCAAGUGCAUUUCCUCAGUCCGCUCUAGAGGUAGCAAACACAGCAGAAGGCAGAAAGAUAAUCUCCUACAGCCUGCACAGCACUCAGAGCCCGAAGGGCAGCCGUCUCCAGCUAUGCACGUCUGUGAGGGGCUGACAAGAAAAGACACCUACCUGGUUCCGUCUUCCUGCAAAAGCAUUUGCAAGAACUACAAUGAUUUGCAUAUAGCCGGGGACUAUGUGAUGCCAAUUAGCUCAGUCACGACAGAUUUUACCUGCGACAGCGGCAUAGGCCCCUUCUUGGAGUCCUCAGAGAUUCCUCCCCCCAUGGAGUCCAUGAGGGUCCCCCCCAGUGACACCAGCCGCAAGCCAGUCCAAGGCUACUCCUCAUGCUGGCGGCUGGCAAGCUUAGUGCCCCACCAGCAGCCCCUCUCCGACUCAGCCCUGAAUGACUACCUUGAACAGAAGCUGGUGGAACUAUAUAAGCAGUACAUCAUGGAUAGCACAGCAAACAGGGCAUCCCCCACUCAGAUCCUGGCCUCAGAGCUUAUCAUGACUAAUGUCGAUCAAAUCAGCAUGCAGAUAUCACGAGAGAGGAAUAUGGAGACCACCAAGGCCAAAGACAUUGUCAUUAGCCGCUUCUUACAAAUAGCCAGUGAAAAAAUAUCCUCAGAAAUUAGCACACCUAGCCUGCAUAUUUCCGAAUAUAGCCACACUAAUGCAUAG